AUAUUUGUUGUAUUAUGCUACUUCGUGGUCACUUGAUACGGAUAAAGUUCAUUCCUGCUUUUUCUCUGGAUGAAAUUAGGUACUUAUAUACUGUGCGACAACCUCAAAAGAAGCAUCAAGGCUUUGUUUGGCAGCUUUACUUGCCAAUUUGGUAUAAACCUGCGAACCAAAGUGAGACAGGAAUGAUAGAAACAUCCAUCCCGAAUUGGGUGUGACCUAGGAAGACAAACAGCGAGAAACCCUCUCAAUCAACUUUCGGCUUCACCACCAUUACCGCAAUGUCAACCAAGACACGAAAACCCGAUAAAAAAGAUACUGACGCAUCGAGCUUCCAGGACAUACCGGAAGGGGAUCUGAGAAAAAUUUGGAAAUGGAACGAGGUGUGCCCACCACCAAUCAUGCGCUGUGUCCACGAAAUAUGCGAAGAAAAGGCACGAGGGCAAGUUGAUGCACUGGCUAUUUCUGCUUGGGAUGGCGAAUUGCACUACGGAGAGUUGAUACAGCUCGUCACAAAACUAGCAAAAUGGCUCUUCCUUUCUGGAAUACGACCUGGUAUGAUUGUGCCUCUCUGCUUUGAGAAAUCGCUGUGGACAACCGUAGCUAUGCUGGGUGUGCUCAAGGCUGGUGCGGCAUUUGUUAUGCUUGAUACCUCACUGCCUGAACAGCGUCUUCAGGCCAUUGUUGAAAGCGUAAACGCAAUUAUGAUCUUAUCGUCUGUUUCAAGCAACACCAUCGCGGCAUCAUUGGCUGAAACCGUAAUUGCCAUUGAUUCGACUUUCUUCUCGGCGUUGAAUAACCUGGGAGGACAAGACCCGCCACCAGUCGACCCAUCGUCACUCAUGUACUUAGCCUUUACAUCAGGUUCCACAGGCUCACCAAAGGGAUUACUCAUAACACAUACGAAUUAUGCAUCAUCUCUCCAUUACCAACUGCCACUCCUGGGGUUCACUAAGGAAACCAGAUUCUACGACUUCUCUUCCAAUGGCUUUGAUGCUUCACUCAGCCACACAUUUACGAUCCUCGCCGCAGGCGGUUGUUUAUGCGUGCCAUCCGAGCAAGACCGGAGAAAUAGCUUGGCUCAAAGCAUAACGUCUCUCCGUGCAAAUGCUAUCGGGCUUACCCCAUCAGUUGCCAGGUUGCUGAACCCUGCUGACACCCCAACAUUAGCAACGCUCUUGUUUUUCGGCGAGGCUUUGCGAGUCAGCGAUGUUCAACGCUGGUGGGAUAAAGUGAGGAUCAGCAAUAUAUACGGACCUAGCGAGUGCACGCCCUACAGUGUCAUCAACACCAGCGCGGCGAGUCCGCAGGAGACCACUCGACUAGGCAAAGGUGCAGGACUAGUGACAUGGGUCGUUGAUCCAGAUAACCACGACUGUCUACUACCCCUUGGCGAAACUGGUGAGCUACUUCUAGAAGGACCACUAGUGGGCGAAGGGUACUUGAAUGAUGCAGAAAGAACUGCACGAGUGUUUAUCCGGGACCCAGUAUGGCUACGACAAGGUGGACCCUAUCAUCCAGGACGAUGCGGACAACGUUUGUACAAAACAGGGGAUCUUGUCCACUACAACAACGAUGGAAGCCUGACCUAUGUCGGUCGCAAGGACACGCAGAUUAAGAUUCACGGGCAGCGAGCGGAACUCGGAGAAAUAGAGUUUUGCCUGGAGCAGCACUUGCCACAAGCCAAACAGGUUAUAGUUGAGACAAUUACAGUCAAACAGGAGGAAUCAAGCACAGUGUUGGCAGUUUUCAUUCUGCCACGUCAGACCUCGGCCAAUACCGAGGGACCGGGAAUGACUUCCAUGGAGAUAUACCAUGUGCCCCUUGAUGUCAUACAAGUACUAGCUGAGAGCCUGCCAGCAUAUAUGAUACCGUCUUUUUUUCUGUCGAUACGUGAAUUCCCCAGGACCAUGUCAGACAAGUUGGACAGAAAAAAGCUGCGGGAAGCAGGUACUUUAUGGUUCCAACAAUGCGUUAAGGACCAAAGCCACAGGGCCAAGACAAAACCAACAUCUCCUGUGGGAAUUGAGCUUCAAAGAAUCUGGGGGGAUGUUCUAUGUAUUGACUCAGUAUCAAUCGGGCUUCAAGAUAGUUUCUUUCGGUUAGGAGGUGACUCUAUUGCAGCAAUGAAGGUCGUGUCCAAGGCUCGACUGGCUGGUAUCGGGCUGACGUUUUCCGAAGUCUUCCAGUAUCCCACACUUGGUAGUCUGGAAGGUCGGUGUCGCCUUGAGCAUGCCAAACCCAUUGAAUCGAUUCCGCCUUACUCCCUUUUGGGGAAAGGAUGGAAUGAAGCACUUCUCCAGGACAUUAUGACCUAUUAUCAGCUGGACCCCGAUACAGUGGAGGACGCAUAUCCCUGUACACCCCUACAAGAAGGUCUCAUGUAUCUAUCACUGCAGAAUCCAGGUACAUACAUGAUGCAGCGAGUUUUGGAAUUGCGUCCGGAUAUAGAUACAAGAAGAUUAUGUUGCGCAUGGGACAAAACGACCCAGAGUACGCCCGUCCUACGAACAAGGAUCAUACAACAUACAGACAUUGGCUUUUUGCAGGUGGUCUUAAGGGAGGACAUCCAAUGGAAUCAUGCGAAAAGCCUACAGCAAUAUCUUGAAAAAGACAAAGCAACUCCCAUGGGCUUCGGAAAGCCUCUUGUACGCUGCGCGAUUGUCACGGACGAAGAAGCCAACCGCCGAUGGUUCGUAUUGACCCUUCAUCAUGCUCUAUACGAUGGCUGGUCAAUGCCGCUAUUGUUGCAAAGGGUCAGAGAUGUAUAUCAUGGCAUGCCCAAGGGUCCCACUCAACCAGAGUUCAAGGCCUUCAUAAAAUACAUCCAGGGCCAGAGCCACGAACGCGCUGUAGGAUAUUGGAGGGAUAACCUUGCCGAAUGUGACUGCGAACCAUUCCCAUGUCUUCCGUCGUCAGUACAGCGGGUUAAGACCGACAGUGAGAUUACACAUAAACUAUCAUCAUUAAAAUUACAUACGCUAGGGUUUACGCCCGCUUUACCCGUCCGUUCAGCGUGCGCUCUCCUCCUCAGUCACAGGACCAACUCAGACAAAGUAGUGUUUGGGGUCACCACGUCAGGCCGAAGCGCCCCUAUUACUGGUAUUGAGGAGAUAGUAGGCCCAACAAUUGCGACGAUCCCACUCUACGUCAAGAUACAGCAGUCACAAACCAUUAUGGAAUACCUUGAAAGCAUUCAGGGGCAGAUAACGACCAUGAUACCUUUCGAGCAGUUCGGCUUGCACAACAUCGCCAAAACCAGUCCCGGUGCUCGUCGAGCGUGCAUGUUCCAGACUCUUCUCAUUAUUCAACCCGAGGAGACUGCAAAAGCCGACAAUACGUUCGGGGAGUGGGAAGGUUGGCAAGAUCCGGAGUGGGACAACACUUACGCUCUUGUACUGGAGGUGCAGCUUGGGACCGGACAUGUCAGCGCCAGAUUCGAUUCUAAUAUGAUAAAACCGUGGAUCGUCCAGGAUUUACUAGAAGGACUCGACCUUGUGAUAGAGAAGCUCGCCACAGCACAAUCCGAUAGGAGAAUAGCAGAUCUUGAUCUAGUGACGCCCCAGAGUCUCGAGCGCGUAUGGGGAUGGAAUAGAAUCGUCCCAUCAUUGGUCAAAGCAACAGUCAACGAGCUUGUUGAGAAGCAGGUGGAGCAACAGCCGACUGGAAUGGCAAUACACGCGUGGGAUGGAGACCUAACAUACGUUGAGCUUAACCAGCUCGCCACGAGCCUGGCAACCGAGCUCGCCAGACUUGGAGUCAGCCCAUCCCUACUUGGGCCGAACAAUGUAGUCCCACUUUGCUUUGAGAAAUCAAAGUGGGCCAUAGUAACAAUCCUUGGGGUCUUAAAGACAGGUGCAAGCUUUGUGUUGCUCGACCCGUCUCUACCGGAGUCCCGAUUGCGCUCUAUCAUUCAGACAGUCGGAGCUAAGAUCUUGCUCUCCUCCGAAGCCAACAUGGAUUUAAGCCGCCUUUUAUCCAAAAUGGUAAUACAAGUUGGUCCAGACUUGUCUAAGGUUCCUGGCCAUAUGGGAAAUCAUACCAAAAACAUCACGGGACAAUCGCCACUGCCUUCCAGCCUACUAUAUACAGUGUUUACUUCUGGUAGCACAGGGACACCUAAAGGAGUCAUGGUAUCACACGAGAAUCUUUGUUCUGCUCUACAUUAUCAAUCAGAACUUUUGAACUAUACCGUCAGGUCACGAGUCUUGGAUGGUGCAUCAUAUUCAUUCGAUGCCGCGAUCCAUAACAUUCUAACCACACUUGUGGUUGGAGGAUGUCUGUGCAUACCAUCGCAAGAGAGCUACAAGGGUGACAUCGGCAGUGCUAUAGCGGCUAUGCGCCCUACCAUUUGUAACUUAACACCGACAGUAGCGCGUCUGUUAAACCCGGAGAGGGCAUACGACCUCGAGACGUUGAUACUUCUGGGCGAGCCCGUUAAAAGGAGCGAUAUUGACCGGUGGCGGUCGAGCAAUGUUCGAGUCAUAAACGCUUACGGACCUGCUGAGUGCACACCAAUAAGCACUAUCAACGCUCGUCCGUCCAACACAGAAGAAGCUAUCCGAAUUGGAAAAGGCACAGGUGUGACAACCUGGAUUGUACAUCCCGAGAAUCAUAAUCGGCUGGUACCGCUAGGAUGCACCGGUGAAUUACUCCUUGAGGGACCCCUUGUUGGCUUAGGGUAUAUGAACGACCCAGAAAAGACAGGAGAUGCAUUUGUGGAAGAUCCUGAAUGGCUGCUCACAGGCUCAACGAGUCAUCCCGGUCGCCGUGGUCGUCUUUAUAAAACUGGUGACUUGGUGCAGUACAACGAGGAUGGAAGCCUAUCAUUCAUGGGGCGCAAGGACAACCAGGUCAAGAUACGUGGUCAGCGGGUAGAGCUCGGAGAUAUUGAGUACCAUGUUUCAGCUUCCUUGCCAACGAAAGCGAAUCAAGUCGUGGCCGAAGUCGUUGUACUGGAGAAUGACGGAGAGCCGAAACCGGUGCUGGUAGCUUUUAUACACUCGGAUAACAAUGCUAUUUCUUCCAGUAAGGAGACGACAGUCACUCCAAAGCUAUACCAAAUGACCGACGAGGUCAUGCAACGGAUUUCACGCCGUCUGUCUAUUAUUCCCGACGUUUUUGUCUCCAUGCAGAAACUCCCUCUGACGCCAACAGGCAAAAUUAAUCGCAAACAGCUUCGUGAGAUAGACCGGUCACUUCUCUUGAGUGAAGAACACGUCUUUGAUGGCACUUCCGACCCCUCUCAUAGCGGCGAAGACUCUCAAGGCAAUUUGAUACUGCAGAAUGAUCAUCCUGCAUACACAAUCGCCCAGAAGGUGUAUUCCAUGCGUCCUUCGUGGAUGAAGAACGGAGAUCGAAACGCAAAAACAGGAUACAGAGAUAUUUCUUUACACUCCUCUGGUCUGGACUCCGUCAAUAUGAUGGAACUCACCUCUUUCUUUUCACGACACUUCAACAUCCAAGUUGACAUGCAAUAUGUAAUGGCCAAGACGACCACAAUCAGAAGCCUUGCAGAGUACGUACUUCACUACCAAAAGAACGGUACUAGCCCUUCCUCCACCAAGCAUACUUCGACCGGGGUUGACCUCAUGAGGGAGAUCAAUCGACAUGACUCAAGGAUUCGGGCUGCUCAACUCACACUUUUAGGGAGCAAUAACCCAACAUUCAAACAUCCCUCAAUCUGUAGAGACAAGGGAUCAUUCACCGUCUUCUUGACUGGCGCCAACGGUUUCCUGGGUACUCAAAUCCUCCGCCAACUCCUAUCUCACCCAAAGAUCAACCAAGUCAUCUGUAUCGUCCGAGGUAAUACCGAUGACGCUGCGAGAGAGCGCACCAUCAGCAUGGCUAAAGAAGCCCUCUGGUGGACAGGCCACCACGCAGAGAAGCUCGAGGUUUGGCGAGGAGAUCUAACAUUACCAAAACUCGGACUUGACCCAGCUCGCUGGGAAUCUCUCAGCUGUGGUCAAACAGUUGAUCAUAUCAUACACAACGGUGCUACCGUGCACUGGAUGAAGGGCUACGACGUUCUAGAGGCUGCCAACGUCGGAUCGACCAUGGAAUUGUUGCAAGUCGCUCUGAGAUGUCCCAGGAUGAGAUUCGUCUAUAUCACAGGUGGUCGUCCAUGGAAAGCUCAUGAAGAGGAAGACGUUGUGGCGGAGCUGUCCGCUCCCGAUGCUAUCCCCUACAGCCAGACAAAGCUGGUCUCUGAAGUCGUCGUCCGACGCGCUGCAACGCGCAAAUUACCGGGAAGCUCUACCCCCACUCCAGCAGGAAAUAUUUGUGUCAUAAACCCAGGAUGGGUCAUUGGAACACCAAUUGAAGGCUAUUCCAAUACUACGGACUAUAUCUGGCGGCUGGUAGCAACGUGCAUCCGACUGGGGGUAUAUAACGCCGAGGACGCAGAGGGAUGGCUAUUUAUUUCCGAUGCUACUACCACUGCAGAGGCAGUUCUCGAUGCGGCAUUCAGCACGAGCAGCGAUAUCAUAGGCGAUGAAUAUGCUACACAAGGAAUGGCUUGGAGAGAGUUUUGGGCCAUACUGCAGGAGAUGGGGUACACGCUGGAAGGAGUAAGUCUAGCUUCGUGGAUGGAUCUUGUCGGAGCGGAUAUUGAGACUGCAAGGGAGCAGCAUCCGCUUUGGCCAUUGAAACAUGUAUAUGGAUGGUUGCAGGGGAACGAGAGAGUGGCUGGUAGGACUAGAGGGCAAUCUGGUGAUACUCCGGUGCGGUUGAAGGUGGCUGUUAGGAUGGGAGCUGAGUUCCUUGUCAGGGUUGGGUUUUUACCUGCGCCUACGGGUAUUUUUCAAAGGAACUGGGUGAAUGGGCAAGAGGUAAUUGAAGCUUAG